CUCUCUCUAAAUCUCUCUCGCAAUCCAAACUAAAUUUCGUCAAACAAAAAUUCACUCUCUAAACCCUAGUCUCAUCCCUAAUUUUCAUCACCAAAUCUAUCCUUAAUUCCUUGAAAUCCCAAUAGUUUCUCAAAUUUAGGCAGAAUUUCAGAUCUCGUAUCAGAAUUGAGUCCCAAAGGGAACGUGUUCGGCAAACGUAUCAACUUUUUGGGAGCUUAUUUGAUUCAAAUAUUCUUUUUGCUUGGGAUUCGAAGGAAUUAUCCGGGAAAGUUUCGUCUUUUACAGCGUCGGAGCUUCUCGGAGUUUAGCUUUCAAAAGAGAUUCAUCGAAUUUUAUAGCUCUCGAAGCUUAUUUGAAGUGAAUUUUGGGUGAAAUGUUUUGCUUUCCCUUUCUCUGAAUUGGAGGGCUUUGGAAAGGAAAGUAGCUCGAUUGUGGUUCUUCUAUUGGAUCAAAGUGUUUUCACAGCAUUAGUGAAAGUUGAAAUUUGAAGGAGCUGUCAUGGACUAUGCGCUUUCUGAUAGCAGCGGAACAGAUGAUGACCUCCCUCCUUCACAUCAAAAUAGGUUUCAAAGAGGGGGUCGCUCUGCUGCUGGAAAUGGAAGAUCAGCAGCUGCUGGAAAUGGAAGAUCAGCAGUUGCAGGUUCUGCACAUUUGCCUCGAAUGCAUGGUGACAUGGAAACACAAAUCCAUCUCAUUGAGCAGGAAGCAUACUGUUCGGUUUUAACGGCCUUUAAAGCUCAAUCAGAUGCUUUAACUUGGGAGAAGGAAAGUUUAAUUACUGAACUCAGAAAGGAGUUGAGAGUAUCUGACGAGGAACAUAGGGAGCUUCUAUUGAGGGUUAAUGCCAAUGACAUGAUUCGUAGGAUAAGGGAAUGGAGAACGAUGAGUGGGCUCCAGCCUGGAAUGCUCAGUACCAGUAAACCUAUUCAUGACCCUUUACCUAGUCCAAGUGUAUCAGGAUCGCGCAAGAAGCAAAAAACGUCACAGUCUGUAGCUUCAUUAUCUAUGGGUGGACCUUCUCCUGCAUUGCAUCCAUCUAUGCAACCAUCUUCAUCGGCCAUGAGACGUGGUCCUCCCCCAGGAGCAAAGAACAAGAAGUCAAAAUCAUCGACACAGUACCCUUCCACUGGUCUUCCUGGAAGGCCCCAGGCUCCAAAUCGUUCUUCUUCAGGAGCUUUUGCAACAAAUGAAACUGCUGAAGCAGCACCAUAUGAUCCGCUAAUUGGAAGGAAAGUUUGGACCAGGUGGCCUGAAGAUAACCAUUUCUAUGAGGCUGUUAUAACAGACUAUAACCGAGUUGAGGGGCUGCAUGCUUUGGUUUAUGAUAUUAAUACGGCAAAUGAAACCUGGGAAUGGGUCAAUCUCAAAGAGAUAUCUCCUGAAGAUAUUAGAUGGGAAGGUGAAGAUCCUGGAAUAACUCGUAGAGGCGGUCGUCCAGGACCAGGCCAAGGAGCUAAGAAGUCCACGGCUCGUGGUGGUGGGGUAGCUGGAGCAGGAAGAAGUAGGGGGAAUUCAAAGGGUGCCAAAAAAGAUUUUCCUUCUAAGCAAAAUGGCGUUGGGAAAAAGGCUCUGGGUGAUAUUGAGAUACUUCAUACAGAUACUCUAAUUAAGGAGGUGGAAAAAGUUUUUGGUGCAAGCCAUCCUGAUCCUAUAGAGAUUGAGAAAGCAAAGAAAGUGCUGAAAGAGCAUGAACAAGCCCUAGUUAAUGCAAUUGCGAGGCUUGAAGAUGCAUCUGACAAUGACAGUGAUGGAGAGCACCGAUUCUCUCAAGGGCAAUCAAUGGAUCAAGAAAGAGCAUGGAAAAAACAGCAGUAUGAUGAGAUGGGUGAAGGUAGGAUGAACGAAGGGUCUGAUGGCAAUAAAUGACCGACCAACGAGCGAUACUCAGCAAAGCAAGAUUGGUUGGUCAACGACCUGGGAUUUUAACCACAGCUUUUGUAUAUCCAGUAGCAGUAGCAACAGCAGCAGCAGCACCAGCAUUGCCCACUUUCAGUGCUUGUAUCCUAUUUAAUCCCUUUGACCUUCUACAAGGUAAAGUAAAUGACUUAACUUUUUAGUUAUCUGGCUCGCUGGAUUUAGCUUUAUUGUAACUUUAAUUUAAAAUCUAAGGUAGGAAAAUGCUUGUAUUAUGAAUCUUUUAGAUGCUAGUUCCCAUAUAUCUGACCAUUUAGAAGUUUAUAAAUAUGUAUUUUGUUAUCA